AUGGGUUCGAUAUCGCUGGACAAGUACUACGAUGUUUUAAUUGUGGGAGCUGGCUUCAGCGGCCUCUAUUUGUUGAACAGUCUCAGAAAGUCAGGAUACUCUGUCCGACUUCUAGAGGCGGGAGCCAAGGCUGGAGGGGUUUGGUACUGGAAUUCCUAUCCUGGAGCCCGUGUAGACUUGGAGGUACCUCAGUAUCAAUUUACGGCCGAAGAGACCUGGAAGCAAUGGGACUGGAAGCAGCGAUACCCGGGCCGAGACGAGCUGGUCGCCUAUUUUGAACACAUUACCAAAGUCUGGGCGCUGCGUAGUGACAUUGACUUCAACACGAGAGUCGAAAGUGCUCAUUGGGACAAGGACAUGUCACAGUGGCGAAUUGUUGCCCAAGCCGGUGAGCAGCAAUUUUACCGCAGCAAGUUUCUGUGCCUCUGCACCGGUUUCGCCGCCAAGCCCUUCAUGCCACCAUACCCGGGCUUGGGCAGCUUCAAAGGCACUAUACAUCAUACAUCCCACUGGCCACAGGAGAAGGUCGACCUGACGAACAAGAGGGUGGGAGUAAUUGGCACCGGCGCUUCAGGAGUCCAAGCCAUACAGGAAAUAGGCAAGGUGGCUGCUCAUCUGACCGUGUUUCAAAGAACUCCGAAUAACGCCAUCCCCAUGCGCAACCCCACGCUGGAUCAAGAACAAAACCAAGCCCUGCGGGACAACUUUGUCGAAUCGCGCAAGACACAGCUGACUACCUUUGGCGGAUUCCUCUACGACUUCGUGCAGGGAAAGACGACCGAUUUGUCCGAUGCUGAAAGACUCGCGGUCUACGAGAAACUUUGGAGCGGCGGAGGGCUGCAAUUCCAGCUGGGCAACUACAACGACAUGAUGUUCGACCCGGCUGCCAAUGCUGUCGCAUACCAGUUCUGGCGCGAAAAGACAUUACCCAGAAUCAAGGGUCCCAACAAGGCCGAGAUACUGGCACCCAAGAACCCGAUCCACCCGUUCGGGACCAAGCGAAUCAGCCUCGAGCUUGAUUACUUUGAAACCUUCAACCAACCCAACGUAGAUUUGGUCAAUCUCCUGGGGACCCCGAUUGUGCAGAUGACGCCCGAGGGAAUCCAGACGUCGGACGGGGUGAAUCACGAGCUCGACACUCUGGUCAUGGCCACGGGGUUCGAUGCCAUCACUGGGGGCAUAACGCAGAUUGACCUUCGCGGGGCGUCGGGCCAGCGCAUUACGGAAAAGUGGCAGAACGGCGUCUACACGUACCUGGGUAUGACGGUGCACGACUUUCCCAACAUGUUCUUCGUCUACGGGCCGCAGGCCCCGACGGCCUUCUCUGCAGGGCCCGUUUCGGUGGAAUUCCAAGGCGCCUGGAUCGUCGACUGCCUCCGAUACAUGAUGCAGAACAACCUGACCACGAUCAACGCCACGGCAGAAGCCGAGAGUGAGUGGAAAGCCCAUGUCGACGACAUCGGCGGCCGAGGCCUGUUCCACCAGGCCCAGAGCUGGUAUUUCGGUGCCAACAUCCCGGGCAAGCCGCGCGAAGCCCUGCUCUAUAUGGCCGGCCUGCCCGCCUACAAGGAGAAAUGCUUGGAGAGCUCUCAACACGGCUAUCGAGGAUUUGACCUCAGUUCGGUCGGUACGUAG